GCUUUGUUUACCUUCAAAAUGGCGAAGACUUACGGUGAUAAACCUGUCAGUUUUCAACUGGAGGAAAAUGGCGAGUUUUGGUGUAUUGGAUCUGAGGUUGGCAACUACCUGCGUUUGUUCCGUGGGUCAUUGUAUAAAAAAUUUCCUGGAAUGUACAGACGAUCUAUUACCAAUGAUGAACGAAAGAAGUUAAUGGAACUUGGUUUAACUCAGCAUGUGUUAGCGUCCAACAUUUCCCUUCUGCGAGCCUCUGAAGUAGAGGAUAUUAUUGAAGGCAACGAGGACAAGUACAAAGCUGUAUCAGUACGUCAGCAGCAAGAUCCAGAGGCAGCUGCUGCCAGAGGCUUGAAGCAGAGGAAUCAAUCGCGGCAACCACUCUCGUCCAAACAAUCACGCCGUGACAACAAAGCACGCCGUAGCAACCAACAACGCCAUGCCAACAAAUCAGCCAGUCAACAACCCUCCUCCGAUGGCAACACGCUGCAAUCAGGAGCUGAGCGCACAGUAAAGAAGCCAGCAGCCCCAUGGGUUCCAACCAUUUCUAACUCCUCUCAUCUGGAUGCAGUUCCUCAAGCGACUCCAAUUAAUAGAAAUCGUAUUAUUUCCAAGAAAAUUCGAACCUUCCCAAUGUGUUAUGAUGACCUCGAUCCUGCGCAGAUACAUGAGAAUUCCUGCCAAAAAGAAGAAUUGGUGCCCAUCCGGUUAGACAUGGAAAUAGAGGGUCAGAAGUUGAGAGACACUUUUACUUGGAACAAAAAUGAGAUGCUUGUGAGCCCAGAACAGUUUGCAGAACUUCUCUGUGAUGAUCUAGAUUUGAAUCCUCUUAUGUUUGUCCCAGCAAUUUCCACUGCUAUUAAGCAGCAGAUUGAUCAGUAUCCCUCGCAGAAUCUCAUAUCAGAACAUUCAGACACAAGAAUAGUAGUAAAGCUGAAUAUCCACGUUGGCAAUAUUUCUCUCAAUGACCAGUUUGAAUGGGAUAUGGCAUCACCUGAAAACACACCAGAAGAUUUUGCCACCAAGUUAUGUUCUGAGCUUGGUCUUGGGGGUGAAUUUGUAACAGCAAUUGCAUAUUCUGUUAGAGGACAGCUCUUCUGGCACCAGCGUACAUAUGCUUUCAGUGAGUCACCCCUUCCUUGUGUGGAAGUUCCCUUCCGGUCACAGAGUGAAGCAGAACAGUGGUCACCAUUUCUUGAGACUCUCACAGAUGCUGAGAUGGAGAAGAAGAUCAGGGACCAAGACAGAAACACCAGGAGAAUGCGGCGAUUGGCGAAUACAACUCCAGGCUGGUAAUAAGACGUGGAGAUGUCUUCAAUUUAGAAAGUAUAAAUUACAGGUCAAACAAAUUUUUACCUGUUUUAUUAUAUUUAGGGACUCUUAAUCCAAUUCCUUGGAUUAAGAGCCCUCCCUCACUAGCAUCAGAUAGCCUACCUUGAGGGGAUUCUUACAUCUGUAGAAUAUAUGGAAGAGGACAUUGCAGUUCUUUCAAAUUAUCUAAUGUAAUUGAAAUUUUAUAUUGAGCCAAUGAAAAUGUAUAGUCUAGUGCCCUAUCUUCCCAUAUAAAAAUUAUUGGUUUCCUUUGGCUGUGUGUGCAGUACCUUGAGAAUCUAGCAAAAAUUUACCAUUUAGUUGUGCAGCAAUAAUAAUUUAUAUCACGACUAAAAAAAAAAUAUUUUUAAAUUUUAAGAAAUUUUGCAAGAAUAGAAAAGCUAAAAUAGAUACUGUAAAACAAAAAAACAAAUAAGUUUCUGGAGGCUAAGCAUAGUCUCCAGACAGUGGUACACACACCUUUGAAUCUACGGACCUGUGGAGUACGACCAGGUGGCAGGUGGAUAGAGAAGUGUGUUUUGCUGUGAUCAGAAUAGAACAGUUAUGUAGCCAGUGAAAUCCUUUGACUCGGCAUUUCCAAAGUUUGUUAAAUUGAGGGUUUACUGUAACAUUUUAAAAAAUUAUGGCUAAAAUUUUUAAUAUUAUGUUUGUCAUGUUCUUUCAGAUUAGUGUUUAUAAACUUGUAUUUAUGAUUCAUUACUUGGGCUGAAUGUGACAAGUUGAUUACUUAUGGUAGCUAAACAAUUGUUUAUAAAAUCCAGUCCAUAAAUUUUUUUCCUCCAAAUUUUAGAGCAUUAUACCAGUGAAGUACUCAAAGAAUGUUUUGGAUUUUUUUUAAAUUUAAGUGCUGUAUUAUACCAGUCAAAUAUAUAAAGUAAAUGUAUACUGUACAGUAUUUAUAAUAAAUACAAUUUUUUUUU